AUGAACCUUGGAAGCAACAAGCAUAAUUUUGCUUUUAAUCUUCAGGGCAAAUCUAAAAUUUCCAGUUUUUUAUUCGUAUCUAUGAUGUUCAGCACAAACUUCAAUAGUUCCAGGUUUGUUCUCACUGGUUUUCCUGGUCUAGAAGGUUACUAUCUCUGGGUAUCUAUGCCUUUCUCCUUGACUUAUGCCAUGGUGUUCCUGGGAAACUGCAUGGUCCUCCAUGUGAUUCGAACUGAGCCGAGCCUUCAUGAGCCCAUGUUCUACUUCCUGGCUAUGCUGGCAGUCACUGAUCUGUCCAUGGGGCUGUCUACUGCUCACACAGUGCUUGGGGUCCUCUUGGGCUUUAUUCAAGAGAUCAGCCUGGAUUCCUGCAUUGCUCAGUCCUACUUCAUCCAUGGUCUGUCCUUCAUGGAGUCUUCUGUUCUCCUUGCUAUGUCCCUUGAUCGCUACAUUGCCAUUUGCAACCCUCUACGCUAUUCUGCCAUCCUAACAAAUGAUAAAAUCAUGAAAAUUGGGGUAGCAAUCGUAUGUAGAAGUUUCUUACUCUGUCCUCCCGUCAUCAUCAGCCUAAAGUUCUUAAAUUAUUGUCGGCCUCAUAUCCUCUCUCACUCUUUCUGUUUGCACCAAGAUUUAAUCCGAAGAGCCUGUUCAGACAUCCGCUUCAAUUAUGUUUAUGGACUGGCUCUGGUGAUCAGCACUCUGCUGUUGGAUGCGCUGCUCAUCCUGAUCUCCUACGUCAUGAUCUUGCACACGGUCUUAGCUAUUGCAUCCCGGGAGGAGAGACUCAAAUCCCUGCAAACAUGUAUGUCUCAUAUCUGUGCUGUUUUGAUUUUCUACAUACCUAUCAUUGGCCUGACCAUGGUGCACCGCUUUGGAAAGCACCUCUCCCCACUGGUUCAAGUCCUCAUGGGCAACAUCUACAUCCUUUUCCCACCCUUGAUGAACCCCAUCAUUUAUAGCAUUAAGACCAAGCAGAUACGCAGGAGAAUCCAGAGACUUUUCUACCUGAAAAGAGCCUAA